CUUACCCAUGAACCGCAAGGAGAAUCUCUAUAAGUUUGCCAUGCCCUGCAACCAUUGUCGGAUCGGAACAUCGUUCAGUGAGAGAGUUGUGUGAUCGCGCACUGAUGAUCAUGAGAAUACCGUUGUUUCAAUUGCUUACGCUCGCUCUGACGCAUCUCGUCGGAGUAUAUGCUGCACCAACCCCCAAUUCACAAUCUGCGGAAGUUGUGAUCUAUGGAGGGACGUCCUCCGGUGUCAUCGCCGCCGUCGAGGUUGCUCGCACUGGUGGGAAAAGUGUCAUCCUGAUCGAACCCCACAGUCACCUUGGCGGAAUGACCGCAUCAGGCCUCGGUUGGGUCGAUACGGGCAAUUCAUCAACGAUUGGAGGUAUUGCUCUGGAGUUCUUCACCCGUGUGGGUAAAGCCUAUGGAAAGAAGGGACCUCAAUAUGCGAUUGAGCCUCAUGUUGCGAGCAGUGUCUUUCAUGACAUGAUUACGGAGGUGAAGAACGUUGCGACGCUAUACAACAACAAACUUACGAGCGUAUCAAGAAAGCCGGGGAAGAUCACGUCUGUGAAGUUAGAGAAUGGACAGAUAAUUUACGGCGACAUCUUUAUCGACGCAAGUUACGAAGGUGAUCUCAUGGCCAUGGCAAACGUGACCUACGUCGUCGGCCGAGAAUCAAAAUCCGAAUUCAAUGAAUCAACUGCCGGCGCAACCGAACCCCAGAGCAUCGGGCAAGGCAUCAUCGUCGACCCAUGGAAAAUCGAAGGCGACCCCUCCAGCGGCGUCCUCCCCAACGUCCAUAAUAACACCGCCCCAGUCCCCGGCACCGGUGACCAAAAAAUCAUGUCCUACAACUACCGCCUCUGCGUCACCGAAAACCCCAAGAACCGGAUCAAUCUCACCCAACCCGCCGGCUACGACCCCGAGCAAUUCGAAUGGUUGGGGCGGUACACUAAGGCACUCUUGGCAAAUGGCUCACAGGUUGAUACGAACACGUAUUUGAAGCUUUCGGGGUUACCGAAUGGGAAGUAUGACCUGAAUAACCAGGGGCAGUUCUCGACGGAUAUGGUUGGGUAUAGCUAUAACUAUCCCAAUGGGAGUUGGACGAUCAGAGGGCAGCUCAUGAGUGCGCAUAGGACUUACCUCGAGGGACUUUUCUGGUAUUUAAGGACGAACGACACGAUUCCGCAGCCUGUCCGGAAUCGGGUUGAACAGAUUGGGUUGUGCGCAGACGAAUUCAAAGACAGUGAGGGUUGGCCAUUCCAGAUAUAUAUCCGCGAGGGAAGAAGGAUGAGGGGUGAAUACGUCAUGACGGAAAGCAACAUCCGCGGGAACGAGACAGUGAACGACACCAUCGCCCUCGGCUCCUACGCCCUCGAUGCGCAUUUCAUUCAAAGAAUUCCGACGCAGAUUUCCAAAAAGGACGGGAAGAAAGUAUGGACGACGGCAACCGAAGGCGGCUCAAACUCCUGGGAAAACAAAAUCCCGCACCCGUACCCAAUCUCCUACCGCUCCCUCCUCCCUCGCGCCGAGGAAGUGUCUAACCUGUUGGUGACCGUGUGUAUGAGUUCGACGCAUUUGGCGUAUAGGAGUAUUAGGAUGGAGCCGGUGUAUAUGAUGAUGGGGCAUGCGGCAGGGGCCGCGGCGGUUGUGGCGAUUGACAGGGGGGAUACGGUACAGGGGGUUGAUUAUGACUCUGUUAGGACGAGGUUGGUGGCGGAAGGGGCGGUGUUGGCUUAAGGACAACGGAGGAGAGAAUAUGGUGUACGAUACCAGGAGACGGGAUGGGUCGACGGGGAGUUUGGACUUUUUCUUGAAUGAACAACACUUAUGGAUGGACUCUGACUAGAAUUUUGCAGAGCGAUUCAAAAUACACUUGGGUU